GUAACUUUUGAAACUUAUACAAAAACUUAAAAUAAUAUAUACUCUUUGAAACUAUGAAUAAUCUUUUCGUUUUGGUCGUUGUAAUUGCUUUGAGUAUAGGAUUGAACAACGGUAGCAGACUCUUUCCAAAAAACCAAUUAUAUUUUAGAAACUCUUUAAGCAGGAAUGAUGAUGUUCUUACGGUUCAUUGCAAAUCUGAUGACGACGAUCUCGGUAUUCACUCAGUGCAACGUUCAUACGAAUAUGGUUUUAAGUUUGGGGAUAGCCUUCUCCAUUUGACUGCGUUUGUCUGUACACUAGAGCAUGGGGUCAGUUCUAAAUAUUCUGUAACGUUUACUGCAUAUAUAGCGAAUCCUUUUUUUAUAAGUACCGGUGUCAUUAAACUUUGGGUUGCUUUUGAUGAUGGGAUCUACCUCACAGAUGAAGAUCAUGAUUUAGUGAAAAUUUAUAGUUGGCCUAAAAUUUAG